AUGUUGCCAAAGGAUUUGAAAUUUUCACUAAAAGAACCAGACGGGAAAAUAUCUCCUCUGAUCGUAUCCCGGAAGUAUCAGGAACCAACUGAGAAUCAGAGUAGCGACUUUAGACCGACUUUGAGAGAUUACAUCACACAUUUUGAGAGACUUGAACUGGAAUUUAGUGAGAUUUGGUUGAUUUCAUUUUUAGAUGGCAGUUUGUCGACGACUGGUGUCAGUGGGGAUACAUUUUCCUCUCAAACUUCUCAUUUACAACCAAAAAAUUCGAAUUUAUCUUCCAACUUCGAUCCGACCUUCCAAAAAAUUUUCGGUCCUGGUUUUUCCGUUGCCACAACUUCGAGUAUAAACACGGGGAGUCAAUCCCUGCCGUUUAGUUCAGGUCCCUAUGUAAAUCCAUUUGUUCUGAAGGAGCCUUUGGGCUCUCAACAAAAUUCAUCCAUUUUGUCAAAAAGUUUUGAACCUCCGAUUUCGACUGCAUGUUUUGGUCUGGAAAUUCCCCAAAAUGAUAAAUCUUUGGCUUGUGAUUUGCCGAUUUGUUCAGUCGGAGAACCUUUUAAGUUUGAUAUUACGCAAGCCCAAUCGAUUCCUUUGAUUUCUGUUACUUCGACGACACCGAAACUGCCGGAAUCGUCCGUUUCUUUCAAUCCUUUCCAGUUUAAUCCGAGUUCUACUUCAGUUUUUGAUCCAUCGUCUCUAAAACUGCCGGAAUCGUCGGUUUCUUUCAGCCCCUUUCAGUUUAAUCCGAGUUCUACUUCAGUUUUUAAUCCAUCGACUCUAAAACUGCCAGAAUCGUCCCUUUCUUUCAAACCUUUCCAAUUUAAUCCGAGUUCUACUUCAAUUUUUGACACAUCGAAUUUAAAGCUUCCAGAAUCGUCUGUCUCUUUCAAUCCUUUUCAGUUUAAUCCGAGUUCUAAUCCCAAUUUUGAUCCAUCGGCUCUAAAGCUGCCAGAAUCGUCCGUUUCUUUCAAUCCUAUCCAACCCAGUGGAUCUUCGAAGGUGGAAGCUGAGGGUGAUGAGGAGUAUGAAGACAUGCCCAAAGUCGUAGAGGAAGAGGACACUGAUGCAAAGGAGUCGCUAUUCUUUUCAAAAUGUGUGCUUUAUAUGUUGACUGAGACUGAUGACGGAUCUCGGAAGGAGUGGACCAAGAAAGGAGUUGGAACUGCCUAUGUCCAAAAGAAAAGUGGUCAUAGUCACGUUUUUGUGAGAGCAGACGUAUCCACGGGACUCCUAUUGUUGAAUACAAUGUUGUCUGAUAAGUCCAAGUUGGAAUUGAAGACGAGUAAAAGAGUGUGUUUUGUCAGCGUAUUGAGUGAAGAAGAGUUGAGGAUGACCAUGCUUAGUUUUACUGCUGAGAGUGAUGCUCAAAGUUUUAUCGAGGCUGUCAACAAGUGUUUUAUGGACUCGUAG